UCAGACCCCGCCCACUAUCCCGAGGAGCCGCAGAGAGAAGUGCGAGCGCGGAGUGUGAGGAGAAAAGGGCGGGAAAGGUUCUACGUUCACCUCACGCUGUGACCUCCUCAUCCGCAGCCAGGCCGCCAUCCAGCCCGUGAGCACCCGAGUGAAAAUCAUUGUCUUAGGGCUGGUAGCAAUGGCAUUCUCAUCCAGGAGCACCUUUACUAUUAUUCCAAAUCCAAAGUUUAAAAGAAGCAAGCGGCACCUUGCAGUGUCGGCAUUUGAGAACCCAGAUUCUGCAGAUGUAUCAACUUUGGGCCAUUUCAGAAUUUUGCCUAUUGAGAUUUUUCAUAUUUUAUUGCAAUAUUUAUCAGUUGAAGAGAUCAGCAUCAUGAGCAUGGUGUCUAAAGCCAUCAACGGGCAGCUUGUCAGCUACAUCUCCUCACAAGCAGGAUAUCGGCGACUGCUGUGCCAGGACUUCCACUGUGCUGGUUUUGUAGAGGUUAGGAGAGAGGCUACAAUAGUACAACACUACAGAGCUCUGGGUUUAUUGUUUAAGAGGUGCACACUACUACUACCCACCAGGGAGAGGCUCAAGUACAUUCAUAACACUAUUUCAGAAAUUGCUUGUUUUAAAUUGGGUGUCUGUCCAUCUCCGUGUCUGGGCCUGUUUUGCUAUGGUGCACUUUUAAAGAUUCUAACAGCUGGCUGGGAUGAGCUGGAGUGUCACAGAGUCUACAUUUUUCUUUGUACUUUGAACAAUUUACCUCGAAAGAUGCAGAGUGUGGUUAACAGCAAGCCAGGGUCAUCAUAUAAGAUGGAGCUCCAUGUGCGCCUCUUUUGCCGGCAUGUGCUGCUGGAUCAUUGGACCAACCGCUCUGAUUCUGCUUUUUGGAUUACAAGACUACUAAAGCCGUGGCCCAUAGUAAGCCAGGCUCGUCUACUGUACAUUCUUUUUGGGCCAGUCUCUGCACUAGAUGGAUAUAUAUCAUGGCUUAAGAUGACAGAAGAUUUUGCCGAUGAGAACGCUCUUAAGGGAUUAGCUGACACCCUCAAACUGCUCUAUGCCACAGUUUCCAAAGAGUGGACCGACGAUGAUGUUAUUAGUCUAGUGGAUGAACUGUCAGUGGUCCCUCAUGAUUGGUUAAUAGAAAACAGUGCCCGCCUUCUGAUCUUAUGUGGAAGCAAUAUCUGUUUCUCCUACAUGGCAAGCAAAGCAGUAAAUGGACGGACAGCUGAUCUAGCCAGAAUGGUGGUCUAUCUUGCCCUGGUAUGUGAAAAGGAUUUGUACUGCAUGGACUGGGCAGUGAAAAUAAUGCAGAGAAUUUGUAACGUUUUUAACACGCAACAAGAAAGAAAAACUUUCCUGCAGAACAUUGAAAACUCCUUUGCUCGUGUAAUCAUGGAUAAGCUACAAUCAGUCAUGUCAGGGGAGCGCAAUGAUGAGGGCGGAAGGUUUUUAAAUCUUUUCCAUCUGAUCAAUGCUCAAGCAAAUUUCCACAAGGAGAUCCUGUACAUGGCACUUAGUUCCCCUUCUGCCAGAGAGAAAACUUAAGAAAUCCUUGCAUAUUUCCAAAAUAAAAGUGAGGAGAUUUGUCAAAACCUGUGAAGACGAAAAGCUAAUUGCAACCAGAUUGUUUGUUUAUUUUUAAACAGACCUCUAAAAAGAGGUGAUCUGAUUGGUUGCUAUUUGAUACUCAUCAACUUUUCCUCUGAACAGAUUUUUAUACAUUUUCCAAAAGGUUUUUAGUGUUUCAGGCCUUCGUAUUGUCAUAAUGACAUUGCUGCUGCAAAACUAACUGGGUAAAUAUUAUAGUCAGUAUUUAGGCCAAAGCCAGAAGUGUACCCAAAACACAGAAAAAAUAUUAUAUUAUAGAUUCUCCCUAUGUCAGUUCCACUUGUGAUUUUAGCUAAAAAAUACUCACCAAAUAUUGAUCUAAAUAUUUCUUGUAAAUUAAAAGCAUGACAGAAUUUAGAGACAUUCACAAAAAAAUGUCAUAUGCUCUUAAAAAAAUAUGGGGCAUGUAACCAUCAUUUAUAUGGUAGUUGCUAGAGGCCUAAACUGCAAUUUUAUUUAUUUUUAUUUUAUUUUUUUAUUAGCAUUAAUAUGGAGCACAAACUUUUAGGACCCUUGUUAUAUUGAGAAAUUAUAUUUUAUUGUUAACUUAAAGUUAAAAAAUGUUUUAAAUUAUAAUACAGCGUUGUCCAUUUAGGAACUUGCUAUGAGGACAGUCUUUAUUUCCUUGUUUUAAAAAAGCACAGGGGGGUUAGUUUUGUUUUCAAGUAGCUUUUUUUUAGUUAAUAAUAAAGGCUUUGCUAUUGUUUGGUGUAUCUGAAUAAUUUAAGAUAAGUGGAUCACUUUGAAUAUACAAUAAAUACAAUGCAUGGAGCAAUAAUUAAUGGACCAAUUUCAAUAGCAGUGCAAUCUUCUUUCUCAGUGUCAUAGAUUGGAUUGUGAAACUGCGUAAUAGCAUUUAUUAAAGGGGUACUCCGCUGCUCAGCAUUUGGAACAAACUGUUCCGAACGCUGGAGCCGGCAUCGGGAGCUCGUUUGUUUCAAACGCUGAGCAGCGGAGUACCCCUUUAAGAACAGUAAUAUAUAGAAUGUAUGUAUAUUUAUAUCACAUUAUUAUAUCAUAACUUUCAGAAAUAAUUUGUCUGAUCAAUAAAGACUAUGAAACGUUGGUAAUG